UCCCCUCAGCGGAACCCGAGCCCAUUAGGGUAUUUUUAUACCCUAAGCUGUGUUUUAGGUUUUCUUUCCAAGCUCUUCUCUGCACAAACACUCCCACACACCUUUUCCAAGGUUUUCCACAUCUUUUCCCUCUUCCCUCUUAAGAAAAUUUCUCUUCCACUCACUUUUUCACUAGUGUGCCAUCAAAGUUUGGGGUUGGAAGAGAGCAUUCUAGCUUGGAAGCAUUCUCAUUGCAUCUAGUAUCUCCACCCAAGUAAGUAAAAAGCAUUUUGUUCAUUCUAGGGUUCUUGAUUUUGAGUGUGAUUGUCAAAGCAUGAAUAGUUAGGGGUUUUAGUUUCUAUGCAUGAUUUGAUGAUAUAAUUGAUGUUUGAACCGAUUAAACUGCAUGAUUAUGAUCUGGAAAACUGAAAAUUGCAUUUGGGUGGAGUUAGGACAGCUUAAAAGAGGUUUUUAAAAAUUCUGCAGAGUUACCGCUCAGGGGUAAAUUGCCGCUGAGCGGCACUCUGCCAGACUUGAGUUUUUGCUUGGUUGCGUCCUGGAACAUGGUACUGGUGGCGCUGAGGGGUAAUUCUGACCCUCAGCGGUGGUUUAGCUUCGAAAGGAGUUGUGUUCUGUGUUUUACUAAUGUUUAACAUCAUGUUCUGUGGUUUUGUAUCUGUGUUUGAAUGCAGGAAUGGCAUCAUCUUCAGGUAAAAGAUUGAAAACCAUGGCAACCAAGAGAAAGGAAAAGGAACCAGAACAGCCCCACUCUAGUAGGUUCCUCUCUCGGAAACAUGAGAAGCACUUCAAAGUGGUGCAAGACAGGAGACUCCUUAUGGAGAGAAAAGCUGGAAUGAUACCAAACUUUGCUCCUCAAUUUGGAGAGCAAUUGUUAGGGAAUGACUGGGGAAAGCUAGCCACAUAUCCUGCACCUGCCAACAUAGCUGUGGUAAAAGAAUUCUACACCAACGCAAAGAAGAUUGGUGAUUAUCCAGCUGAAAAUUAUCUGGGCUAUGUUAGAGGCCAUGCUAUCAGGCUAAUUGAAUGAUUUGAAAGAAGAAUUGAAAUACCGAAUGAUUGGAGUGCUGAAAAGUCAACCAGAAACCAAAAAAGUCAACCAGUCAACCAGAAAAGUCAACCAGUCAACCAGAAAAGUCAACCAGUCAACCAGAAAAGUCAACCAGUCAACCAGAAUGCUGAAAAACCAACCAGAACGCAGAAAACGUGUGACCGAGUGGCGUUGAGCGGUAAAAUACCGUUGAGCGGCACUUUUCAGGUGCAAAAAUCACCGCUGAGGGGCAAAACCAGCAGCUGGGGGCAAAAUGGAUCAUGCGGUAUUACCGCUCAGCGGUAAAAUACCGCUGAGCGCCAUUCUAAGUGGGCUUGGACCGGUUUUCUUUUGUUUUUAUGGGCUUGGACUUGUUUUAUGUUAUUUUUAUGCCCUAUUUAAGGACUUGCACGUCCUAGGGUUUGUAUCUUUGGCUGGGAGGAAGUAGAAACACACUUUUCACCCCUUGGGGGUAGAUUGGGAGAUGGUGACGGCUCUCCUCUUCUCUUUCUAGGGUUUUUCUAUCUCUUUCAU